AUGGCCUCGUCUCUUGUGUCGCAGUACUCCUUCGCGGGCAGAGAUCCAGGCGAGCAGAUUAACUGUCAAAGUGGACGUUCGUACACGGUCGUGGAGAGCAUUUCGUACGGCGGAUAUGGAGCUGUGUAUAAGGUCAAGGCGGACUGGAGGAAAGGGGGCCUGUUCGCAAUGAAGGAGGAGCGACGAAAUCCGAGACGCAACCAUUUUAAGCUUGUCAUGGAGAUCCGAGUACUGGAAGCAGCCAAAGGAGUGUCAAAGGAGCAGCAGAAGCACUUCCCAAUUUUGUACGACAGGAGCGUUGAGGUGCGGUCGUUCAUGUUCAUAGUGAUGUCGCUUCUGGGCGAAUCACUUGCCGACAUCAAGUAUCGUCAGUCAAACAAAAUCUUCAGUAUGAACACAGGACUGUACUGCGCCCUCGAAACUCUGGAAGCAAUCAAGGACAUGCACGCGCUCGGAUUUGUUCAUCGAGACAUCAAACCUGCCAACUUUGUUUUGGGGCUGGCCAAAACUGGUUCUCAGAAUGUGGUAUACGUGGUGGAUUUUGGAAUCGCCAGGAAGAUAGUGGGCGCUGAUGGGACGGUUGCCAUCCCCCGAUCCAAGGCUAGUUUGCAAUAUUCUUUGAUUGUCAGAUUCAAAGGAACAAUUCGGUUCGCUCCACUGGCCAUGCAUAGAAGCGAGGAGUCUGGCCGCAAGGAUGACUGUGAGAGUUGGCUUUACAUGCUCGCCGACAUGAUCAAUAAGAAAAAGCUGCCAUGGUACGAGGAGGAGAACCUAAACAACGUGCGGGAAAUGAAAGAAGGUGUUUUCGCAAAUCCGUCAACACUCUUCCCAGGGCAGGAGGUUGGGCAUUUUGAUUGUGAAAUAAAUGUUCAAUGGUUAGAAAAAAAUGCAGCAAGUAAAGAACAAGUUAAACCACAAGUUGAUCGUUAUACUUUAAAAAAUGGAAAACAUAUAAUUUUGUUGGCAGAAGGUCGAUUAGUUAAUUUAGGAUGUGCUACUGGACAUGCUUCUUUUGUUAUGUCUACUAGCUUUACUAAUCAAGUUAUUGCACAAAUUGAAUUAUAUACAAAAGCAAAUACUCCAAAUGCUUACAAAACUGGUUUAUAUGUUUUACCAAAAUUACUUGAUGAGGAAGUAGCUAGACUUCAUUUAGCUAAACUUGGUGUUAAAUUAACUAAAUUGACUGAUGAACAAGCAAAAUAUUUGGGUAUUCCAAAAGGUGGACCUUUCAAGGCUGAUCAUUAUCGUUAUUGA